AGGCCUUUUGGCUCUGAUAGGAUCGGAAACAGCCCAGCCGCUGGGAGCCCCAACAUGGCCUUGAAAGAUGGCCUGGUGAAGCUGAAGGCCUUCGCGGCAGCGCCAUGGUUUCCAGUGCUGGUGGGCCUGCUGUCAGGUGCCAACCUCUUCUUACUGGUGAUGUCGGCGCCCUUAGUGAUCCUCUACUGCUCUGCUGUGCUGGCAAAUCCCAAUAGAUGGCUCUACACUGCAGUGGCCAACGCGGUCGGCACAGUGCUGGGAUGCUUAGUUUUGAUCAUCCUCAUGGAAGAGAGGGGAAUGGACUUCAUCAAGGAAUCCUUCCCAGCCACCUUCACAAGCAAAUGGUGGUCGUGGACUGAAGGAAUGAUGCAAUCCUACGGCUCGUUGGCGGCCGUACCGGUGUCUGCCAUGCCCAUCAUCCUUCACCCGCUGAUUUUCUUUGGAAAGCUGUCAAAGAUGAGCGACUUCGCCAUUCUCCUGGCAAUUUUGGUAGGCCGAAUCAUCAAGUACAGCAUCAUGGCCCAGAUGGCGCUAACAGCGCCCCAUGCGCUUCGAUUUUUCGGAGCCUCGCAGGAAGUGAUCCAAGCGGUGAAAAAAACCAAAGCCACGUGACAUCGAACACCGGCAACCGCGCAAAAAGGGUGUCGGGACAUGGGGCGUAUAUCUCUAGUCGGUA